CCCCGUGACUGUGUCCCUCAGCUGAGAGCGAUGGCUGCAGCGGAGGGAAAAGCGGUGUACUGGUUGGGGAAAGACACCCUGCGAGUGUCGGCUGCUCUGUUUGCGGAGAACCGGCGGCGACUAUGUGAGGGUCUGCGGGCCAAACAGGGACUUCAGCCCAAAUCACUGGUGCUGCUUCAGGGAGGAGAGCAGAAGCAGAGAUACUGCACUGACACUGAUGUCGUCUUCAGACAGGAGUCCUUCUUCCACUGGACCUUUGGAGUGACCGAGGCUGACUGCUAUGGAGCUGUUGAUGUGGACACCUGCAAAGCCUUCCUCUUCAUCCCUAAACUGCCCGAGAGCUACGCUACCUGGAUGGGAGAGAUCUACCCAAAAGAACACUUCAAGGAGAAGUAUGCUCUGGAAGAGGUGCACUACACCUGCGACAUCGCUGAAGUCCUGACCAACUUCAAGCCAUCGGUCCUCCUCACACUGAGAGGUGUGAAUACCGACAGUGGCAGUGUCACUCGUGAAGCGUCCUUUGAAGGAAUCAGUCGCUUCCAAGUGAACAACACCUUCCUGCACCCUGUAAUCGUGGAAUGUCGUUUGCUUAAGACGGACAUGGAGUUGGAGGUUCUGCGCUACACUAACCGCAUUUCCAGUGAAGCUCACAAAGAGGUGAUGAAGCAUGUGAGUGCUGGCCAAAAGGAAUAUGAAAUGGAAAGUCUGUUCAGGCACUAUUGUUACUCCCAGGGAGGAAUGCGGCACACAUCCUACACCUGCAUCUGCGGAAGCGGACAUAACUCGUCUGUUCUGCAUUACGGCCAUGCUGGAGCUCCCAAUGACAAAACCAUCCAGGAUGGAGACAUGUGUCUGUUCGACAUGGGUGGAGAAUAUUACUGCUACUCCUCUGACAUCACCUGCUCCUUCCCAGCCAACGGCAAGUUCACCCCCGACCAGAAGGCCAUUUAUGAGGCGGUGCUCAAGUCCUCCCGCGCCGUCCUGGCUGCCAUCAAACCAGGUGUGAAAUGGUCUGAUAUGCACCGUCUGGCUGACCGGGUUCACCUGGAGGAGCUGAUUAAGGUUGGCAUCCUGCGCGGGAAUCUGGACGACAUGAUGAAGGUUCACCUGGGUUCUGUUUUCAUGCCCCACGGACUGGGACAUCUGCUGGGCAUUGACGUCCACGACGUGGGAGGUUACCCAGAGGGUACUGAGCGUAUUGAUGAGCCAGGGCUGAAGAGCCUGCGGAUGGGCCGUGUGGUGCAGGAGCGAAUGGUCCUGACGGUGGAGCCCGGCAUCUAUUUCAUCAACCACCUGCUGGAUAAGGCCCUGGCAUCUGAACAACAGAGCGGCUUCAUCAACAACGAGGUGCUGGCUCGCUUCCGCGGCUCUGGAGGGGUGCGCAUUGAAGACGACAUUGCAGUCACGGCUGAUGGCGUGGAGCUGCUGACCUGCGUCCCCCGCACGGUGGAGGAGAUCGAGGCCUUCAUGGCGGACAGGAACCCUGAGAAAUCCUUCAGCCCCACCGUCAGCAGCGAGAAAUUCUAAUGCGAUAAAAACGCUCCACGUUCACGUCUUCUGCAGAAUCACCGCUCCCUUCUGCAGUUUACUCUGCUAAUUUUAAGCGAAUUCCAAACCUGACAUCGGCCUUCGGGUGAAGUUUAUGAUCUAAGACACGUGAUUAUAUUGUGUAUAACUGAAUGCAUUUUGAUUGGUAUUACCAAAUGCAUUUGCACCGUAUUAAGAUUCCAUACACUUCAUUUGUAUGAAUUUUUCAGCAAUUUUGCAUAAAUUGAGCUGAAAUGUGAACAUGGCAUUAAAUGUCAGCACCUCUGAGGGACGAUGUUUGCUGAUUGAGCCAAGUAAUAUUAACUGAGCAGCAAGCAAACCAUGAACAGUACAGUCAAACUGUAUGACCAUAUUUCUCUAAACAUCACCAUCAUUUGGCUGCAGACUCUGAGCUAACAAGAUAUACAGUGUGCACAUUAUUUUCUGUGAUUGCUGUUAGCAAUAUAAGAAUUUUUCAAACUCCUCUGGUCAGUGCUGUGCCCAUUUCUCCACUAGUAGAACCGUGUUCUUCGAUGCCUGUGACACAGUGUGGUUUGCAAGCUGGUCAAAAUUGUCAAAGAACUCUAGAUCUGAAAUCUGAAAAUGUCAAAUAUUGAAACAAACGUAAUGAAUUUAGCUCUCGCAUGCACUGUUCAUAUUCCAACAGUGUAUUAAACAUAAAGACAGAAAAGUGAAGUAGCUCUGACCUGCAUGCUCUUUAAAAUGGUUUCAUUAGUUUUGAUUAGCUCGCUUUUCUGUUAUUUUUCUUUUUGUAACUUUUGCUCUUGUAGCCAAACUUCUUGAAUAAAACUUUUCUAGCAUUUAA